AUGCCUGCAACAGAGGAGUUGAGCAGCUUCCCAGCAACUACCUGGACAUAUGAGGAUGAUUACAAAUAUGACGAUUAUGAGUAUGACAACUUCUACAUGGAUGAAAAGUGUAACGCCACAGGCCUGGUGCACUUUGGAGAGAUCAGCAGUCCCAUCUUCUUCUCGGCCACGCUGGUCCUGAGUCUGCUGGGCAACAUCCUGGUCACGGUGAUCCUGCUCAAGUACGAGAACAUCAAAACCCUCACCAACGCCUUUAUCUUCAACCUGGCCGUGUCGGACCUCCUCUUCGCCGCGGCGUUGCCCUUCUGGGCCUACUACCACGUGUUCGGCUGGACUUUAGGGGAGACGGCGUGCAAGGUGGUGAGCUUUGUGUUCGACGUGGGCUUCUACAGCAGCGGCCUGCUCCUCAUCGCCAUGACGGUCCAGCGUUACGCGGCCGUGUUGAACCCUCUCUCGGGAUUGGUGUCUGCCGCAGGUGCCUGCAGUCUGCGAGCCUCCGCGCUCAUUUGGAUUCUUAGCAUCCUGGUUGCCACCCCUGCCUUCAUUUUCUCCAAAGUCGUAAUCCAAGACGGACUGGGCGAAUGCGUGUACGGGGAUUCCUACGGCAGCCUGUGGAGAAUCUACCAGCAAAACCUUCUUUUUCUCCUCAUCUCGGCCGUGUUCAUCUUUUGCUAUUCUCAAAUCUUGUGCCGACUGCUGCGUCCUUCCUCCCAAAGACGCAGAAGCAAAACCUUGAAGCUCAUUUUCGCGCUCUUGCUGGUCUUCUUCGUAGGAUGGGCUCCUUACAACGUCACGCUCUUCCUUAAAUCUUUGCACUUUUGGCCAGAAACGGCCGUCAACUUCACCACUUUAGCGGAAAGAUGCCCGGGACGCAAUCUGCUGGGUUACGCCUUCCACGUCAGCAGACUUUUGGCCUUCUCGCACUGCUGCCUCAACCCCGUCUUCUACGUUUUGGUGGGCUCCAAGUACAAAAGCCACCUGAAGAGAAUGAUGGGGGGCCAUCGCCACGGCAACGUAAGCAGUCGACAGAGCCGCUAUACGAUCACGUCGCUGUCGAGCGGGGAGGAGCUGGUUCUGUAA